AAUACCUGCGAGUCCUGCCAGAGAUUAUCUGCAACUUGAGAUUGAUUUCAAAAAAGUUCCGUAAAAACUAAACAAAAAAUAGAGUUUUAACCUUUUGUUAAUCAGAGUCCCUUUUUUAAAAGCCUGGCAAUCGAGUAUUUUUUGAAAGGAUUACAAGUAUGUAUGAAAAGGAUGAAAAAUAAGAUUUUUGAAACAAGUAGAUCGUGUAGUCAUAUUUUAUCAAACAAAUCAAAAAUGACAAAAGGACAAGUGAAGUGUUCUAGGGCAGAAUGUGAUCUUGGAAUUACGCUAAAUGGAGGACAAAGUUUUCGCUGGGUGGCUUUGGAGGAUGGAAAAAGCUACAGAGGAGUUUUUGCAGGACGAGUGUGGACUUUAAAUCAGGACGAUAACAAUAUUAUUUACACAGUACAUGAAAAAUUACAAGACACAAACUAUGAAAAAAUUGUAUCGAAUUAUUUCCGUUUUGAUAUUUCGUUGAAGGAGAAUCUUGAAAAAUGGUCCGUUGUGGAUAAAAAUGUUCAAAAAGCUCUUGAAAGUGUUGGAGGAGUGAGAAUUUUGAAUCAAGACAUUGUUGAGAAUCUUUUCGCCUUCAUUUGCAGUUCAAAUAACAACAUCAUUCGGAUAUCCAGCAUGGUCGAGAAACUCUGUCGAUUUUUCGGGAAAAAACUCUGCGACCUGGACGGUAAAGAAUACUACAAUUUUCCAAAAAUAGAGACUCUAGCAACAAAAAAAGUAGAGUCGAUUCUGAAAACAGAGGGUUUUGGAUAUCGAGCCGCUUAUAUAGUGAAAACGGCCCAAAAACUCAAAGAAUUGGGAGGCCGAACCUGGCUCUCGAGUCUCCACAAAGACAACAAUUCAAGCUACGAAUUCGCAAAAGAAAAUCUCGAAUCUCUUCCUGGAGUCGGGCCAAAAGUUGCCGACUGUGUCUGUUUAAUGUCGCUCGGUCACUUGGAAGCCAUUCCAGUUGACACUCAUAUUUAUCAAGUAGCCGCCGCCAAUUAUAUGCCGAAUUUGAAAAAAGUCAAGAGUGUCACGCCAAAAAUUCAUCGCGAAGUUAGCGAUCAUCUCCGAGAAUUGUGGGGUCCUCUCGCUGGCUGGGCUCAAGCGAUAGUUUUCUGCGCAAAAAUUAAUAACAAUCAGUCGAGUCAGAAAGUCAAUGGAAAAAAAAGAAAGAGUGAUUCUAGUGUUAAUGAGAAAGUAGGGAGCAAAAAGAAAACUUAGAGAAAUCUCUUUUAUUCAGAGAUUUCUUCAUUUUUAAUUUUAGGAAUCGAUUUUUAUAAAUAAAAUCCUUUUACGAGGACUAUGUUUUUAAAAUGGA